AUGUCUGAUAUUGCACCGCCAACAAAUGGAGCGAAGAGCAUUCGGGUAAAAUUGCCGGAGGAGAAUAAGUCUGAGGAGGAGGAAGUAGAGGAGAAAAUGCAGUCUGUCUCUGCGCGAAGCGUCCCUGCGUCACUACCCACCGUUGAGGCUCCAUUCAUCCUCUGCCCUUUGAUGAACCUGGGUAACACGUGCUACUUCAACGCCGGCGUGCAACUCCUAGCGAAUUGUACCCCGUUUGCCUAUGGCCUGAGGAACUCCCCCUUGCGGCACCCCUCUCUUGGGCCCCGUGCCCGAAAGCUAUGUUGCACGGGGGGGGCAGCGUCAGAAGCCUUGUUUCAAACCUUUGCGCAGCUGCUGUAUGACAUGGAAUUUGCACGACUACGUCAGGGGGAGGCCCUCUGUCCGCUGAAGGCGCUCGAUUGCCUGGCAGCCGUGCACCCUGCCUUUGAGGGUCGUGGCCAGCAGGACUGUCCGGAGAUGGUGAACGUCAUCGUCGCCAACCUCUCCGAGGAGGGGCGACAAAAGGUUGAGUUGGAGGCGCUACUGCGCUCCUUUGAGGACGAUGCCGUGGCCCUUGCGGUGUCGGAUGUUGUGGCCCUCAACAAUGUCUCGUUGAUGCUGCCGCCCGAAGGUGUUGAUGUAAGAUCGGUGACACAGGAGAACGCCGCGGGGAUGCUCGUCAGUAGAGAGUCACGAAAGCUAUACAGCUCCACCGAAACGGAGAAACAUGAUGGUCUUCUGUUGCCGUCGUCGUCGUGUUACUGUUCUACGCAAAAAUCCAUCUCGUUGCCUCUGUUCCCCGGUUCCUGGUGGACGUACAAUACGCUGCGGCUGAUGCAAACGGUAAACUACGACAAUGAGCAGCUUGAGCGCAAGGAGAAGGCCAGAAGGAAUGAGCCCUACCGAAAUACAUUUUCUCCACCAAAACUGCACUACAACGGUGUGACGGAUUGUUUUACGGGGCACUUGUUGUCGGAGGUUCAAUGCCACACAUGCGGUAGCACGUCUCGCAUCGUGGAGGAGUUUUCCUCCCUCACCAUUGAUGUUGCAUCUUAUAGCCAACGGAGGCAGUAUGCCCGGAGGCAUCCAGAGACGCAACGUGUGGCAGAGGACAGGCUCUCUGUUCAACAGAAGAGUCGCGGGUCCUUCCAGUGGUGGAACCCAUUUGCAUGGAUUGGCGCCUUGACGCGCUACUUACUUAGCUUUUUUCGUGGCUUCACGCAUUACGUUGAUUACUGCGUCACCUUGAAGGAAUGCCUUGACAUCCACUUCGAUCCCGUCGUUCUAAAGGGAAACAACAAGUAUCAUUGUUCCUCGUGUAAUACGUUAUCAGAAGCCACUAAGCGAGAGUCGCUCCUCUCUCUCCCCGAGUACCUACUACUGCAGAUGAAACGUUUUGAGUAUGGUAGCUGCUUUAACACGAAGAAGACGGACCCUGUGUUAUUCCCGGUCUCAUGGGAGAUUGGGGCUGCCGCUGAGGCGGAUGUGCUGCGGCUCGGUGAUUACAUGUAUAGAGGCGUCUCUAGGUCCACGACACCCGCCGAGCAGUUUCAACGCUACCUAUACACCGACGUCAGCACGUCUGCGACGGAGGCAGCGACAAAACCGGGGAAUGUGCAGCACACCCUUAGCUCAGCCACGGAGGGUACGGAGGUUGACUCGCCAGGGAUGUUGGCUCCCAUUCACACCUACACCCUGGAAAGUGUCGUGAACCACCAUGGCUCCAUUAUGGGUGGGCACUACACCGCCUACGCCCACAAAAAGACGGAGGAUGAGUUUGUGUGGUUGUCCCUAAACGACGAGGAAAUUCUGCGCGUGGGCGUCAAUGAGGUGGAAAACUCCGAGGAAUAUCUUCUUCUUUACAAGAAACAACCUCUCAACCCUCACUCAGAGGCUGUGCUAAGUCUCCGUCAGAAGGCCAAGUCCCUCCUCUCGGUGCCACCCGCUGAGGAGGGACUGACGCCAGAGGGCAAAGCAACCCUCGCGAAGGGGGGCGGCACGAGGGAGACAAACGCCGACGAGGUGGUGUACAUAUCCCGCCCCUGGCUUCAGCGGAUGGCGUUUAUGGAGGAGCCAGGGCCAAUUCUUAAUCGUCUAUGCUACUGUACUGGAGGCCGUGAGGACGACGCAUCCACCUUGAAUCUGCAGGAGCCUGGGUCUGAUGGUCGGUCGUGCCACACUGCAGGCAGCUUUCCUGUUGAGUGGUUUUACGUCCCGUUGCAGCGUGAUGAGUACAAUGCAUUUUACAGCAUGUACGGAGGCAACCGCCCGGUGCAGCGGGGGGAGUAUGAGGCGUUGUGUAGAGCGCAGCAUGAAGUAGUAUAA